AUGGAAGAAAAAAAACGUUCGCGGAUAAAUGGAACUUUUCGUUGGACAGAACGACAAACUAAAGAUUUACUCAACAUUAUCGUGGAAAAUGUAAAAGCUAAUCCGGAACAGUUCGAGAAACCAACUGCUCAAAAAUUCUAUGACCAUAUUACAAAAAAUGCAUGUACUUUGAACAGCAUCAAAUGGGAUAUUAUGCGAACAAAAAUGAGGCACCUAAAAACAAGUUUUUCGUCCGCACUGAAAUGGAAGGGUCAAGCAGGUGCAGGAUUGCUAGAAAGUGGAGAUGUAAAAAGCGUUGAAGAUUACAUUAAAAAAAUGUGUCCAUUCUAUGAUGCCUUGUACGCAAUAUUUGAUCAUCGUGUAAAUGUGCAGCCGCCAGCUAUCUAUGAAUCAACCAUGCCAGUGUCAUUGUUGGAUACUUUUGAAGUGGAUGCGUUGAUGGAAAAUGAUCGCGAAACAUUUUCAACAAGUUUACCUGAAAGUCCGUUGGCCAGUCCGACUGUGGUGCUUCCUUCUACAUCAGAGAGUGUAGCAAGUCCGUCCGCCCUGUCCAUCGCAACAAGUGCUUGUACGCAAAAUACCACUACACCAAAAAGAAAUUUGAAAAGGCCUCAAAACUCAAACCCAUUUGCAUUAUUAUUUGAAAUUCAAUCAAAAAAGCUGGAAUUAGAAUCACAAAAACUAGAAUUCGAAAAGGAAAAAGAGCAAAACAAAUUCAUGUUACAGAAGCUACAACUGGAGAAGGAGGAAAGGAUCGAAAUGGAGAAAAUAAUAUUGGAGCACGAAAGAUUGUCAAGUGUUGAUACGUCAAACAAGAAAAUGCUUGAUGAAGAGCCCCUUGCCGGAACAUAAGGAGGCGUAUUCGUAAGGUUAUGAUCCGCAAAAGAAAGCGUACUCUAAUUUUUUCGUUUUUCUUCGGAGCCACGCUCAAAAGUUUGGUUUAAAUGCCAAAACAUUUUUUUAUUAAUUUUUUUAAAUGCUCUAAUGUGCAUAUAGAACUUGAAUUUAUUCCAAUAAAUAAGCUUUUAAUUGUUAGUACAAAUUCUUUUAUUCAUUCUUUGCAUAACUUAACAAUUCAUAGAUGGUUCGGCGUACCGCUUCCCCUUCAUUAGUUCGAGCAGUAGGUAAUGACUCUAAAACAUCGUGCUCAGAUUCCUCAAGCUCGUAAUCGAAACGAUCGUCAAGUCGGAGUAUAAUAUUGUGCAACAACGCGCAGCAGAUAAUCCAUUUAUUUACUCUAUUCAUGUCUUUUUCAUCCUUGAUUUGAAGUCUCAACGUUUUCAAGCUGCCAAACCUUUCCUUCAACAUGCCAUAACAAUGUUCAAUUCUAAUCCUAUAACGACUGAAUAUUUUGUUAAAGAAAGUUCGCUGACCCUGUGUUAGUUCUCUAGAGUUGUCUCUAAAUGGUGUUAUAAGAGUUCGUGACAAUUUAUAGGCACUGUCACCUGCGAU